CUCUUAUUCCUAAAGAUUAGUGCAGCUUUCACUGUGUUUGAUAGCUUCUGAACAAAAUGCACAAUCUGAUGAACAGGCCUGAAAGGGUUAACACACACAUUAGACCCUGUAAGUGAUGUCCAGCGUCACUCAGUGACAUCACAGACAUUAAUCAUGAGGAUAUUUGUAAGGACCGUCCCCUCCCUGUGUGCUUUAUCACCACCUUAUCCCAGGGUAUAAAUGCCAGAGUGUAUCAGACAAGGCACUGAACACCAGACACCAACAUGACACCAGCUGCUGGAUCCGUUCUUCUGGGACUUGCCCUGUGCCUUGUGGUCACCUGGCAAGCAGACACUAAUGGUCCUGCAGAAAAAGACGUCUGUCCUUUCUUUGAUCCUUCCAUCUGUGUGCACGUGCGGCCCUUGCCUGAUGCAUGCCAGACCGAUGACCAGUGUAAGAAAUCAGAGAAAUGCUGCUGCAGCAACUGCUGGCGCCAGUGUUUGCCCACGGUGAAAGAGCACCCCGGUCAGUGCCCAGCUGUGAAGAAAAGCCCUUGGAAUUUUUAUUCUCAAAAGUGCCAGACGGAUAGUGACUGCCCCAGCAGCAAGAAGUGUUGUGACAAGAAGUGUGUGUUCCCCGAGAAAGAGGGUCCUGGACUUUGCCCAGCAGUACUGGAACAGUUGGCCUGUGGGAACAUUCCAGAGUCCCCGCUCUGUACACGGGACUCUCAGUGUAAAAAUAAGCAGAAAUGCUGCUUGUCUGACAACAGGAUGCGCUGUGUAGAUUCUGUAAAACCUGGGGACUGUCCAGUGCCCACUACAUUGUGUGCGGCAGUGUACCCUGCACCCAAACCCAAAUGCAGAAGUGACCUAGACUGUCCCAAUGCAAAGAAGUGCUGCACAGUAGAAUGUCACCAGCAGUGCACAGACGCCAUUGUACCCAUCUCAGUCAAACCAGGAAACUGUCCAUUAACAAAGGCAAGAUGUGCAACUCCUCUGCCUGAACCAUUGUGUAACAGUGACAGCGACUGUAAAGGUGCCCUGAAAUGCUGCACCCCUCUGUGUCAACAGAAGUGCACUGAUCCCAUCAUGGAUAAACCAGGAACCUGCCCCGUGGUGAUGACACUCAUAGCCUGCAAAGAACCUCUCCCCCCAGCACGGUGCGCCAGUGAUGCAGAAUGCCCGCUCAAGCAGAAAUGCUGCAACUAUGGCUGUCAGGUCAUGUGUGUUGACCCAUUUGUCAAACCAGGAAACUGUCCAUUAACAAAGGCAAGAUGUGCAACUCCUCUGCCUGAACCGUUGUGUAACAGUGACAGCGACUGUAAAGGUGCCCUGAAAUGCUGCACCCCUCUGUGUCAACAGAAGUGCACUGAUCCCAUCAUGGAUAAACCAGGAACCUGCCCCGUGGUGAUGACACUCAUAGCCUGCAAAGAACCUCUCCCCCCAGCACGGUGCGCCAGUGAUGCAGAAUGCCCGCUCAAGCAGAAAUGCUGCAACUAUGGCUGUCAGGUCAUGUGUGUUGACCCAUUUGUCAAACCAGGAAACUGUCCAUUAACAAAGGCAAGAUGUGCAACUCCUCUGCCUGAACCGUUGUGUAACAGUGACAGCGACUGUAAAGGUGCCCUGAAAUGCUGCACCCCUCUGUGUCAACAGAAGUGCACUGAUCCCAUCAUGGAUAAACCAGGAACGUGCCCAGUGGUGAAUACUUUUGCACCCUGUCCUAUCCCACUUCCCCCAGCUCUAUGUGACAAUGACGCAAUGUGCGAUGGUAAUCAGAAGUGCUGUAACUAUGGCUGCCAGAUCAUGUGCACGGACCCAGUUGUUGCAAAAUAAAUUCAAGGACGCUAUUCCGUGAAAUCCAUGAGAGACGCUCUGUGCCAUACAGCUGUUAUGUUCCAGAGGUCGGUGCGAUUCAGUCUUUGUGAGCAGCGCACAGUUCAUAUAACCAUAUAAUAUAUACUCACUAUUAAAGGGCCAGUUUGUGGCUCUAUCUGUCCUGUACCCAAUAAAAGAUAACGUUAUUCA